GGCGCCGACGGAUGACGAUCCGCAGUCGUUUUCGUCCUUGAAAAGUUGCUUCCGUUUAUAGCGCUGCAUGAUACAAAGAAAGAAGAAUGAAGGAACGCCACCGGUUACUCGUUCGCGUGAAUAUCUGAGCGACGGAACUCCCUAAACGAGGAAAAAAAUGCCUACUACUACUUCGCGUAGCGCGCCGAGUGCGCUGCAGCCGCGCGUCCAGCCUUUCGCAACGUCGACUUGGGAUGCGCUUGACAACUCCAACAGCUGACGCGGGACGACUGACUCUUCUUUGUCGCUGAGAAGGCUGGGGCCGCCGCUCUAUGAGUGACCCCGGGAGCGCUAAUUUGGGCCAUGGUGCCAGCGAAUGCGUCGGAUCAGUCGCGCGAUAUGGCUUGCUCGUCGCCGCCUUUGACGCCGGCUGAGGGACAGCUGCGAAUCCUCUGACGAGCAUGACACUCAGACGACGAAGACAACAUCACAGGAUGGCAAGUCACUGGCUCAACUCUUUGACGGGGGCACGCUGGUAUCCCAGUCCUUUGCUCAGUCCCUUCUGCAGAGCAUCCUAUCGAGUGUUGAGAGUAGAGACCCUGUGGUGGCCAAUGCCUGGGCGGACACACUACUGGAUGUUCUUGAACUUCUACCAAGGGCUACAAUAUCCCAGCAGGUAUUGCCUGUGGCAGUGCAGAAGGGGCAGCUGACCCAGUCGCCCCUGUCUCGUCUCGUCUCGUGCCGUAUGUUAGGUGCUGUGGCUGCGCUGCUGGAGCCAGCUGUCGUACAGAGGGAUCUCCUGCCACUGGCCGAGUCCCUAUGCCAGGAUCCAGACCCGAAAGUCCGGUCCAGUGUGUGCUGUCAGCUGGGGGCUCUCACUCGGUCCGUCGGGCUGGGAUUGACAAAGCAGUACCUAAUGCCUUGCCUGCUGGAGCUGUCGGGUGACGGGGACUGUGCCGUUCGACGUGCUGCUCUGGAAGCUACCAUCACCAUGCUAGGCCUUUUGGAUGACGUGCCAUGCCGGGACAGUCUGGUGUCUCUGGUUCUUCGGUGGAAGCGAGGUUCAGGCAGCGAGUUGGCUUUUCUGGCCACACAAAUCGGACCACUCUGCCAUUUGCCAACAGGUGAGAAAACCUGUCGACGGUGUGAGCAUGGACCCACGUCCCACAAACAAGGAAUUCUGGAGAAAAGCGGCUGGCUUGUAGAGCUGUACCAGGAGCUGUCGUCUGCUGGACUGAGCGCCUGCAACAAGAGCAGCCCGGACAAAGUGCCCACUAUGCACGGCAUUGGUGCCCGAUGUCGCCGGAUUUGUGCCCACUUUUUUCCUGACAUGAUACAGUUUGUUACGGCGGAAUCGUUCGAGCCCAUGCUGCUGCACAUGUGGCGAGGGAUUGUGCACAGACCCAGACGCCUCUGUACGCUCUGCGAUGGCCGGUGGGGUCAGUCAGGUGGUGAACACAUUGCGAGUCCAUGGCAUCGUGUGUUGGCCACGGCUCUUGCUGUGCGAGAUUUGCGGCCUGCUGACUGAGGGUCUCCUGGCAGAAAGUCUGUUGGACCUGGUGCAGGCCCUGUCAGCAUGCCGGGACCUCUGUCAGCCUUCCUGCCGUGGCUGUGAGGGGUGCUGCACUGAAAAACAACUUGUGGAGCUGGUCUCUGCCGUGGAGGCUUGCGUUGCACGAGCGGGCCUCAAGUGGCGUCGUGAAGCGGCCGUGUGGAGUGCCAUAGGCUGCCUGGCCGGCCCGCUGCUUCCGACUUUCCUAGAGAGACGAAUCACAGAGUGCCUGCUGCGGCGGACUCA